CUCUCUAAUGUUAUUGGAUUUCUCUCUCUAACAUAAAAUAUAUAUAGAUAUAUCAUACAUACUAAUAAUUUGAAGAAGCAGUAGUAAACUCAGUAUUAGUGUUUAUAUUUUUUUAAGGUUGCAUCUUUGUAUUUUUUUGGGGGUGGUGUGGUGUGAAUUUUCUUCUAAGGCAAAGCAAAGUCUUUCCUUUCACACUUUUCAAUCUAUUCUUCUCUCUCUCUCUUACGGAGAUUGAAAGAAUCUAGGGUUUGAUAGCAACCAAGAAGUCGAAUUAAAGGUCCGUCAUUUGAGACUUUUUUCCUUACUUUUGUUCUUCUGUGUGUUGAAUUUUUGUUUUCCCCUUUACAAAUUCAAGUUUAGCAUUUGAUUUUACAUGGGUUUUUCUUGCUUUUGAUUGAUCUUCACAUUGCCCUAUUGAAGAUCAUGAUCUUGUGUUUUUGCUAGAAUAUCUUGCUAAAAUGGGGUUUCAUGUUGGGUUUUUUUUGGGAUUUUGCCUCCUAUGGACAGUUGAAGAUCUAUUGAAUCAGUAGAGUUGGAGGUUUUUUUCCUUUGAAUUUGAUGUUUCUGGGUAUUGGAAUUAUGGGAUUUUAGCUCGUUUGCUUUUAUUUUUCUUUUUUUAAGUUAACUUUUCUAGCUUUUUUUGGGGGUGUUGAUUGUGUGAAAUGGAGGAAGUUGUCAAGGCAAAUAGUGCAGCUGUGGAGAGUUGCCAUAGAGUGCUCAGUCUUUUGGUUCAGCCCCAGGAUCAGAAUCAGUUUAGGAAUUUAGUUGAGCAAACAGGCGAGGCCGUAAAUAAGUUCAAGAAAGUUGCAUCUCUUCUUAAUUCUAGUUGUGGUCAUGCUAGAGUGAGGAAAGUCAAGAAAAUUCAAGGCCUUUUCCCCCAAAACAUAUUUCUAGAAAACCCAAUAUGUAGAGUGGAUGAACAGCCGAAACGCCUUCCGAUCCUUCAAAUCAACUCCGUUGAUGCGAACCCGCUUCAAGAAACGGGAUCCAAUAUCCGGAGUGUUCUCACAUCAGGAAACCCUUCUUCGGAUUUGAGCUCACAUGGAAAAACCGCCCUUCAACUUGCUCAAAAGACGCCGAUAUCGAAUUAUCAUUUUCUCCAUCUUCAGCAGCAGAAGUUGAAACAGCAAGCUGAAAUGAUGUAUCGGCGUAGUAAUAGUGGCAUUAGUCUGAAUUUUGAUGGCUUGAACUGCACCCCAACCAUGUCGUCAACUAGGUCCUUUAUCUCUUCGUUGAGUAUGGAUGGGAGUGCGGCUAAUUUGGAUGGAAAUGCCUUUCAUUUAAUUGGGGCAGCUCGAUCAGCGGAUCAGAGCUCAUAUCAACACAAGAGAAGGUGCUCGGUUAGGGGAGAAGAUGGAAGUUUGAAAUGUGGAAGCAGUGGCAGAUGCCACUGCUCGAAGAAGAGGAAGCACAGGGUAAAAAGAUCUAUCAAAGUACCUGCCAUAAGCAACAAGCUAGCUGAUAUACCACCAGACGAGUAUUCCUGGAGAAAAUAUGGCCAGAAGCCAAUUAAGGGCUCUCCUCAUCCCAGAGGAUACUAUAAAUGCAGUAGCAUAAGAGGCUGUCCUGCAAGGAAACAUGUGGAGAGAUGCUUGGAAGAACCUUCAAUGCUAAUAGUCACUUAUGAAGGGGAACAUAACCACCCAAGAUUGCCAUCACAGUGUGCAAACUAAUGAAUCUUUGAAGCUCGACUAGACAUUGGUAAGACCAAAUCUGGUCUAGAUAGAAGAGUUAUUCGGAAUUUGUGGGUUGCUGAUUGUAUAAAAAUCUGUGAUCUUAAAUGACCCUUAAAAUCUUUGAAAAUUUUAGAGCUUUGUGGGAUUAUUUUAGUUGUUAAUGUCAAACUUUCAAUCUAUUAGGUUUAUUGAUGCGUGCCCGUGACUUUAA